UGUAAUGAGAAGUUGCUGCUUUUCACAAUAAUUAAAUUUAAAGCUUUCUGGUUUCAAAGUUUUAGAUUUAUAUAGAUUUUUAAAAUGGGAAUACUUUUCGGGAAACCAAAGAAAAAAUCUACUCGAGUUUCUGAGCAAGAUAAAGCUGUAUUGCAAUUGAAACAGCAGAGGGAUAAGUUGAAACAGUAUCAAAAAAGACUUUUAAAUUCUCUAGAGUCUGAGCGCAAGUUAGCAAAACAACUGCUUCAAGAUGGCAGAAAAGAAAAAGCAAAGCUUCUUCUGCGCAAAAAAAGAUUUAUGGAGCAAAUGUUAGCUAAAACUGAUGGACAGCUUUUUAAUUUAGAACAAAUGACUCAUGAUAUUGAAUUUGCUCAAAUUGAGAGUCAAGUAAUUGAAGGACUCAAAGUAGGAAAUGAAUCUUUGAAAGUUUUACAUGAGAUGCUAUCUAUAGAUGAAAUUGAAAGAAUAAUGGAUGAGACUCAAGAAGGUAUUGAAAAACAAAAGGAGAUUGAUGAAAUAUUAGGUGGAAAAUUGAGUGAUGAAGAUGAAGAAGCGGUAAUGAAUGAGUUGGAAUCUAUAAUAGCUGAAAGUAUACCUACACCCAUUACAGAUAAUGAGGUUCCAACUGAGGAGGAACUUGAUUUACCAGAAGUUCCAGCAGAUGAAAUCUCUGAACCAGCAAAGAAGGUGCCCAAAACUCAAACUCGACAGUUGGUUGCUGCAACGUGAUAAUGUUUUCAGAAGUUAUGAAGAAAUAGUUUUAAAUAAACUUUUUGUUUGCAUAUUUCUUUUCCGAAGGAAGAUUUAUGAAAGAAAUUUAUUGUUUUAUUGUUGGUAUCCCCUGUUGAUGAUAAUUAAAUAAUUUACAUCACUAAUUAAAAAACUGAAAAGAAUUCAUCAAAGAAAUUUUCUGGGUUCUUAUAAAGUCUUACACUGAUGAAGAAAAUUAAAAAAAAAAAAAAAAACUUAAAAAUUUUUCACAAUUUUUUUUUUAAUAUUUUGAUUUUUAUCUUAUCAAGUUUUUCUCCUACUGGUGCAAUAUUAUCUAAAUGCAUGUAGGUGGCGCUAGUGGCGGAAACUGAAAAUGGCUUUUUAUGAAAGUAAAAACUUCCUGGGUCCACAAUGGACCUCUUGAGGGUCAACCCUCCUCCUACCCCCAGAACCUUUGGUUUCUUGAUUUGUGCAAGACUUAUAACCACUCUAAAACAUUUUGUUAUGAUCACUCAAAAUAUAUGUUCAUUUGAAACGUGAAACAUUGUACCAAACAAUCGGAUUGAAAAAAAAAAAUAUUCGAUUUUAUGCCAAUUUUUUUACAUAGCACUGAUUUUUGGUGGACAACUUUAAUGUAUGAAAUGAAUGAAUAUUUUUUUAGCUGCUUCAAUGUAACAUUCUUAAGAUUUUUCAAUGGAAAAUACCUUGUUAUUUGAAGUACACAUCAGCAUUCUAAAUUAUUCAAAAGUAACUGUUGUUUAUUUUUUAUGAAAAUUUAUGUGCUUAAAAAUUUAGAGUACUGUACAUUGGGAAUAAAAGUCCAAAGAAAAAAAAAUCAUAAAAUUGAAAAAAAAAAAGGUGCAAUAUUUAUUCUUUAGCACUAUCCUUUUUAGUAUGAAUUAUGCUAUGUAUUGUGCAUAAUUUCAAAUAUUGCCUAGUGUUUGAAGAAAAUUUUCUUAAAAAUUUUCAGGACUAUAAAUUUAAACAGCGAAUGGAGGGAUUUUAUUUGCAAUGUAUGAUAAUUUUUUUAAAACUUAUAUUGAAUUAUCUAGUCUACAUAUUUCUUUCAUUUUCUAUGUGUGUCUAUAAAUGAUAAAAAUUAAAGCCUCAGUGAAUAUUUUUUUUCAGUAAGAGUAAAGAAAAGAUCAAACAUUAUUUGUAUCAUUGAAGUUUUUAUACAAAGGUUUCUUAUUGAAACUAUAUCCUUUCUUCAUUAUUUUCUCCUUAGAGUGCCAAAGUAAAAUUUCAUAAAUAAAAAUCUUAUUUCUAACUAGAAUACUUAAAAUGUUUCGUAAACUAUUUAAUUAAAAUUGCAAUUCAAAAUUACGUUUAAUGCAUAUAAAUAAUUGUAUGUCCUAAUUUUCUCUUCUUUAUCCUUUGUUUUUAAGAAGUUUUUAAGCUUUGUUUUUCGGGCAAAAAUGUCUGGCCAAACUUGUUUUAACACUACAAGUCUUGAUUUCAAAGCCUUCUAAAAGGUUUUUGUAAUAAUGCAAAUGAAUGGUUUUCAAAAGGUUAUUUGCUGAGUAUUAUUGAAAAUCAUGUAUGAAUAUUUAUAUAUUUGUACUAUAAAAUAAAAUGUUUAUAC